AUGGCCGGGAAAUUCUUGUGUCUGCUCGCCAUUUUCUUUAUCCUGUCCCUGUUGCAGGGAACGUCCGAAUCGAAGAAGGUCGUCAUCCACGUCCCUUAUCACGUGAAGAAUAUCAAGCAUACCCAUACGAUCUAUAAAGUGAUCCCUCAUCAUGACAAGGAUCAUCACCAUGAUUCUCACGAUGAUCAGUACGACAUGUAUUAA